AAAAUCACAGUUCAGUCACAGUUUCUUGAGAUCCUACAGUCCUUUAGGCUACACCGAAAUAUGCUUAAAAUACAGAAAUAGGAUUUCAAUGUAAUAUCGUAGCAACACUAUUUUACUUCAUGUUUGCUUUUAAUUUCAUUUGGCGUAGUUAGCAUAAUAAUUCAUAUACAAAAAUAACACACGGAUGUAAAUUUGUGCGUAAAUGUCGACUGUCGUUCCACAUCAAAUAAAAAUCCAUACUUACUAAUUAAUUCAACAACAUUCCUCAAUGGCGUAACUUCAUCACAACAAACGGCACGAAGUGUUGCAAAUGGCAGAUGUAAAGCAAUGUAAACAUACUGUGUGCGUUUUUAUAGAUCAGAACUCUGCGGGUUUUAGGCGAUGUUGACUCUCAGUGUUCAGAUACUAAUAACUGAAGAUCAUGUGGAAGUGCCAUAAAUGUGGGAAACCAGUUUAUUUCGCGGAAAGGAAACAAUCACUGGGUUAUGACUGGCAUCCAGAAUGUCUGAGAUGUGAAGAAUGCGGAAAACGGUUGAAUCCCGGGCAGCAUGCUGAGCAUAAAGGAGUUCCAUACUGUCAUGUUCCCUGCUAUGGUGCAUUGUUUGGCCCACAGCUGUUUGGACAUGGGACAAGGGUUGAGUCUCAUACCAGCUUUGGUAAAGUGGAAAAUCGAUCUGGAGGACCAAAUAUGCCACGGUCUCACUUGGAAUCAAAACUGAAAGUUUUCAAUCAGUUUUAUGAUGGUAAGAGUGGAGAAAUCAGGAGUAGAGAGGUCAAUGGUCGUCUAGUUUUGGAAGGAGCCUUACGGAUUCACUGGGGUGUUCUUGGAGUGAUCCAUCUCAAAGAAGAUGAUGAUCAACGUACAGUUGUCACGAUACGGAAACGUAAUUCAUGUAGAAGUGGAAUUUUUAAUGGUGUAGAUUUUGAAGUUUCAAAUGUAAACUGUUUAAAUGUGGCUGAUAAUGAUACUGAAGUCGAUACGGACUGUGAAGGAGUCACUUGUAGUAAUGAAACCUGUGAUUCAGAAACAUCAAGUGCAACAUCAACUGAGAAUAAGCUUAAAUCUCUGACACUGCCUCACAAGUUGGAUAUUAAACAAAUUAAUUGGGAUGAGCUUGAUGAUUUACUACAGGUCGAGAGAAAGGUGGAAGAGGCAGACAAACUAUACCAGACAAUGCCUGUUGCCCUACCCAGUGUUACCAACCAGUCCAGUUUUGAUCAGUUUGAAGGGCAUGAGCAUAUUCUCUCUACUGAGUCCAGUCUGUAUGCAACUGACAGUGUUUUGAGUGAAGACAGUGACAAUAUAAAGAGUGAUGAUUGCAACCUUCAGUUCGAUAACAGUCCAGUAUCUGUAGCUGACGAGAGGCAGAACAUUUCUUUAAAGGACAGUUGGAUUGUCGAAAGUGAUGAUAGAUUUUGUCCUAAUAUAUCAGAACCUUCAUAUGGUUACUGGGAAAAGAAUCUGAACCGUUCUCUCAGUGGCCCAGACUGCUUACAGAGACAUCAGGAGAGGAGUUCAGCCAUUGAAGAUACAAAUCUUAAACCUGUACACUAUUCAGAUGAGUAUGAAGAUCAACUAGAGAGGGCUCUAAAUGAGAUUGGAGAUGGAAAUGGUGUGGAAGAAGUUGUGAGACGGCCAACAAAGACUGGCUCAACAGCCAUCAAGCGUCGGCCUGGCAAGAGGCAUUCUAGGACUAAACUGAAACGAAGAUGUUCAAUUAAUGGCCAUUUCUAUAAUCGGGAAACAAGUUUCUUUACACCCCCACAUGGUAGCCAAAUGAGUGUCUGGAUCACAUCACUUGUCAACACGCAGGAAGUUAUUAACCUGUUGUUGGAGAAAUACAAAGUGGAUAGCAAGCCCAUCAACUUUGCCCUCUUCAUUAUCAGGGAUAAUGGAGAGCAACGUCGGUUGCGUGAUGAUGAAUAUCCCCUGCUAGUACGCGUGAUGUUGGGUCCACACGAAGAUGUUGCAAAGUUGUUUCUGAUGGAUCGUCAGAAUACUGAAGAAAUUAGCAAUGAGGUGGCACAGUUCCUGAACCUGAGCAUAGCUGAGUGCCGUGCCAUCUUGGAAAGGUAUCAGGAAGAGGAGGAGCGAGAAGCAAAGAGGGUUAAGGCUAAAUUUCGAGAACUCCGUAAAAGAGUAAAACAAAGAAUGGAAGAAUUAAAGGUAAGGUUAUGAUGUUUGUUACUAUUCAUCAGGAUCCUUCAUUCUAAUCAAAAUAUGCUUAAUGCUGUUGCAAGUCUCAACAUUGCUCUCUAAGAAGAAAUGUGGAAGCAGCUUCUGAAUUAUGGCAGUGUGAGUUUUAUGUUCUGCGGCAUAAUUGUAAAUGUUCUGUGAUGGAUCAUUUGAAUGAGAAACAGACUACAGAAGAAACAGUUGAGAUAAGAAAAGAAUAGGUUUAAACAUUUUAUGUAAUGUAGCUGUCUUUAAUAUCAGUAUGUUGUCUUCCCCAGUUGAGAUUGGUAGGUAAGAACUGUGGUUUUCAAACUCUUUUAAGUGGACCUCAGAAGUAAGGUAUGUACUGAAUAAUUCAAAAUGAAGUAGACAUUUUCAUAUACUAAUAAUAAAAUACUUAUUCAUUUGACAUGAUGCCACAUAUACCAUUAGGCAGCUAAUCUCACUAAGUUAUUUUCCAGUACCAGCCAGAACUGUAAUUCUCUUCCUGCCCACUAGAGGUGCACAGUUGUGAAAAUGGUGUAUAUACAGGAGAGAACUUGUAUUGAGAGCAGACCAACGUAUGAUGAUGUUUUUAAGAGUUGACAUAAUGACUGCAGUCUCUGUACUUGUAAAUGCUCAUUUUUUUAUUUCUAUCUUUCUUUUAUUUUCUUGAGAAAGAGAGAACUUUUCAUUUGGAGAUUGAACAUGACCAUGAGAAAGCUGAGAACCAGUGGACUAGUAUUUGUCAUAAGUAGUAUCAUAAUGAAAAAUUAGUGCCAUAGAUAUGGAGAUUGCAGCCUAAACAUAUGUUUUAUUCAUAUUUACUGAAGUCUUGCAUGUGCAGUACAAAAUGCUUUAUUUCUAACGUUUUCUUUUGUCUUUAAUAAAUGUUUAUUUUUAGAAAGCACUUAGGUAAACAGACCAGUAACAUGAUUUUAACUUCAUUGACUAUUGUAAUAUAUUAGCAGUAAUUCUAUAAAAUGUCAAAUACAGUAAUAAAGCACUAUCACAUCUUGUAAUAACCAAAUAGGAAAUAUAUAGAUCAACUAACCUAAAUCGUGUAUCAUUCCAUAUCAGUGUAAUGACACUGAUUUUGAUUUUCUUCAGGUCACAGACAUAUAACUCUCUUUUUUAGGUUAUGUCAGAGAAGUUUGUUAUACAUUGACAUGAGAUUCACAGAGAUUUUAUAGUAGAACUUCUUUAGAUUCAUACAUUAGAUUAAUGCAACAGAAAAAUACUGUCUUUUGAUUGUUAAGCCUUUUCUGUCACCCUUUUGCAAUGGCCAGUGAUGUGUUUGGCCAGUAGUGGCAUUCAACAGAAAUUCUGUAAUCAUGGGGGGAAAAAAAAACCCGAUAAACGUCACUAGAUGUAAACAAUAGUUUUCUACAAUUCUGGUACCCGUAAUAUAAUGCUAAUCAGAAUUUUGCACAGUGAACCACUAGUUAAGAAACAAUUCUGUGUUAUGUAUUCAUUCUUUAUUAUUUUUUUUAGGUUAAUUAGGUUCAGACAUUGUAACAAUUAUGUGUCAGCUGCUUAUGAAAUUAUCCCUAGGGAUUACUAGGUUUUUGGGCUUCUUCCAUCUGGUAUUCUGAAGAGCGCAACAUUUCGGAAA